AGUGCGCUGUGUACAGGGAGGGGCGGAGUGUUAGCUGAGCUGGAACACGCACUACUCCGGCUAGUUCUUCCUCUUUUGUUCUGCGGAUGUUUGUAAAGCCGAGCGAACUGCGGACCAAGCCAGAGCCAGCGGGGAGAGGACACCGGAGACCGGCACAGGUGGCAACAAGCGGCUAAAACCUGGAACUUGAGAAACAACCUAAGAUAUAUAACAAGAGUGCCAAACUGAGCAGCGAGGAGGUACCCCUUUAUGAGUAUCAGAUCUGAAAAGAUGAGUGAUGAUGAGAUGGCGUGUUUUAUGGCAGCAGCCACUGUUGCAUCAUAUUUUCUAUAUGAAAGAGAGGGGAGAAAGAAGAGGGCACGCAGAUACUGGAUCCACCCCGUAAUUGCUGAUCUACGUGAUCACGAGGAUACAUUUUCGGACUACACUAGGAUGUCCAUAAAAAGCUUUGAUGAGUUAUUGGGUUUACUCAGUAGUCGGUUGCAGCCAAUGGACACAUAUUUUCGUAACAGUAUACCCCCUGUGGAGCGACUAAUCAUCACACUGAGGUUUCAGUACAAACUACUGAAGAAGCUGCAUUCCGCUUGAACAUCUGUCUGAAGACUGAAGUGACGUGAAACCAGAGGCAAAAUGGUGUUCCAAGCAGUUGGAAAAUUACUUGGCAAACAUAGUAAAAUGAAGAAGAAAGCCUCAGCAGAAACAGAGAAACUCUACUUGGAACCUCGAUACACAUCUGCCCGAAUACUAGAUGCUGAUGUGUUAAUGCUGGUGGCGUUACCUAAAGGACUCAACGUAGACGAAUGGCUGGCCAGUAAUGCAUCUGCAUUCUACAACCACGUCAGUCUCAUGUAUGGUUCCAUCUCUGAAUUCUGUACAGUAUCCUCCUGUCCCACAAUGAAAGCUUGGGCCAUGCAGAUUCAGUGGACAGAUGAAAAAGGACGCAAGAGAAAAUGCUCUGGACCACAGUAUGCAGAUUAUGCUGCCAGCAUCAUCCAAAAAAUCCUGACCGAUGAGGAUUUGGUUCCUACUAAACACUGUAAAGACUUCUCAAAGUCCUUUAAACCAGCCAUUCAGAAGACAUUCCGAUUCCUCUUCCACCUUCUGGGCCACAUCUACACCUGUCACUUUAAAACUGUAGUGAAUCUUGAACUACAUCCCCAUCUGAACACCCUCUAUCUUCACCUUCUACUUUUCUGUGCAGAGUUCCACCUUCUCGACUCCAAAGAAAUGGCCUUGAGUGAAGACUUAACCACAGCCUUAAUUAAUUCCAGCCCUUGUCCCAAAACUUCAGGAAGCCAUUCUCGGAACACAUGAACCACCAGAUCCUUGGUUUUCCAUGUAUACUGCCACUUCAAAUAUAUAGCAAAAUCGUAACCGAAAAAACCCACUCUUUUGUAAUCUCCUGCUUAGUGUUGCACCUCCAGCACAGAUUCUAUUUGCCAAACGAAAGGACGGUGGAGCCUAGAAAUUUCUGGGAGAUGCAUAUUACAACAGCUCAAAAAGUUGGCUCAGGAAAGAAACCUUACAUAAGCCACCAAAGUGCUUAACAUGGGAACAGCAAAUAUACCUGUCAGAAGCAGUUUGAAGUUACGUAAAAGAUGGCCAACAGGGACUAUUUUUUUUAUGUAUUGCUUGGCAGAAAAUGGUUAAAAGUGGCUGCUUUUCAUGGGUUACAGGGCGCUAUUUAACAUUUGGUCACUGAAUAACAAAUAUUGACUGCACAUUUAUAUUGAAAAGGUCAGAGUCUCCAGAAAGGGCACUUUUUUGCUUUUAUCUUUGUUUAUUUUUAUUUUUUUUACUGGGUCUAUUUUAAUUAUAAAUCUCAAUUCCAUAUUUUUAAAGAUAUAUUUGUAGUCUACAGUUAUGUAUAUAUUUAUUUUGGUGAGAUGUCACUUUAAAAAAUUAAUGCACUUAAUUUUUUGUAAUUUAUUCAUUUAAGUUAAAAAAAAAUGAUUUAAUUUGUUUUUCUUAAGAUUGUUAAUAAAACAAUAGACCAGGGGCUAGCUGCAAGGAAAAGAAAUAUUACUCUUAGAAUUCAAA